AUGGAAGAAUCGGUACGAUGGGAUGCUAUGCAAACCUUUCAUCCUGAGCUAGAUGAUUACAUAAACAAAUUUAAAGCUUUUCAACGUUGUGUUAUGGUCUGCGCCUUUGGCUUGAAUAUAUACUUUUUCAUCCGGCUAGCUAAAGCUAAGCAAAUUCAUCAAAACUUCAGGAUCGUACUCGUAAGUACUUACAUUUUCUAGGUCUUAAAAUAUUUUUUUUAAUUUUGUAAAAUUUGUAUUUUGUAGAAAUGUUAGUUAUGUUAACAGUAAGAGUUACUAUCGUUUUGUAUCAAUACUAUAAAUCACUAUACAGAUUGUUUCCUCGUAUGUUACUCAACUUUCUUUUGUAAUAACAUAACUUUAAAUUUUAGUGCACAGCAUCCACAGGCUUCCUUCUACUAGGCCCAACUCGUGAACUUGAGCACUACCUACUCGACGUAACAUCGGAUAUUCAAAAUCGAGCGAUGGUCAAUGUGUUGUGCAUAACAUUGAGUAUAUUACACAUGCUUUCAUUUUCGUCCAGCAUGAUGUGUAUGAAUCUGAUUGCUGUAGAACAAUAUUUUGCAAAACGAUGGGUAGAUCAUUACGAAAAUUUAAAGAAAUUUGGGUGGAUAUUACUUGUAAUUGUGGUAUGUUGUUAUUAUUUUUACAGCCGACAAUAUUAGUUUCGUAUUUUACAAUUUUUGAAAUUUGAAAUAAAAAAAAUAAUUUUUCGAGCCAAAAAUGCCAAAUUAAAACCAUAUACAUAUUCAGGCCAUAAAUAGCAUACCAUUUGGAGUGUUCAGUUGUGUUUACUUUUUGUACUAUGACAAUUUUUCAUUAUUGUCAUCGUAUCAAGGAUGUAUACCAACAGAUUUACACAGUAAAUUCGGUGUCAUUGGAUAUGGAUUCUGUGCACUUUCAUGCAGUAUUAGUGCUGCUGUAAGUCAUUUUUCUUUUUUUUUGUUUUUUAGCUUAUUUUUACUGUGGUAAUUACAAAACAUUAAAACCAAAGUUCAAUAAAAACGUUUAUGAUAAUUGCAUGUAUACAUUUAAGAUGUUAUUAUAAUACUGGUCAUAGAUCUUAUGACAAUGUUUCACGUAGCAAUUAUAGUAAUUUCAUGUUAAAAGUGUUUCAAAAAUCACGUAUUACGCACGUAUAUGUUAGUAAUUUUUAUAACUCGUACUGUUAGUAUACGUACUAGGAAACAGUAAUUACUCUACAUACUAGUAAUAUGUUGUAUAUCUUAUACUAACCGGCAUAAAAAAGAGAUACGAUUCGUAUAAACAUAAAUGACAUUACCAUGCUUAAAGUAAUACCCUACCCUAACCUUUCCCGACUAAGCCCUGUAAAGCCAUGUAUAAAAUAAACCUUACCUUACGAUGCUUUUUCAGGUAGUCUACAUUCUAAAAGUCCAAAACCAAAGUCUGACAAAGAACCGAUUGCAAUUAAAAACUCUGAAAGCACGGUAUCAACAAACAGUAAACACAGAUUUAAAUACAUCUAUAACACCAUCGAUGCUUGGCUUCAUGAUCAUUAGUAUAGCCGGACUAUGUUUGGGUAUAUACGAAAUAAAGAUAGCUUACAUGUACGGAGAGAAUACUACGGAGAAGAUGUUUGUUUCUGAUGUAAGCAGAGUUUGUUUUAUUACGAUAUAUAUAGUAAAUGUGUUUUCUUGUGAUAGUACAGUAACUUCUAGCUCAAACACUGUUUAUAUUAAACACACUAACUUUACAUAGUACCCCUAACCCUUAACAUAGUAAUAAAAAACAUUUUUAAGUUAGGCUACGCCCUGAUCGACUACUACGGAAUCUACCAUAUCUUGUGCUUUCUAUGGUGCAAUAAAACCAUGAAGACGAUAGUAAAAGCUGACAUACGACGCUUUUGUUGUAUGUCUAAUAAAACAAACGUACCGGGUGAAAACUAUAUUCAAGCGAAUUGUUUGGAUGCUCAAACUGAAACUGUCAUCUACUUCGAACAACUCCAAAACUCGUGGAGUAAAUAG